AUGAAUAAUAACGAUCAAACACAUGGUACUUCUAAAAGAGCUUUGUCUCUAGAUGAUUUGGUUAAUCAUGAUGAAAAUGAUAAACAAAAAUUGCAGAAAUUAGCUGAUGAAACAAUUAUCGACCAAUCUAAUUCUUCAGUGAUUAACACGAGUAUAUCUAAAGAUACAGAAUCAACUCAAUUGCCUACAUUGAAUAAUAUCACAAACCCAACGAAUCAAGAUUUAGUUGAUCGUACAAGGGAAAUUCCUACAUAUUUUAGUUCAAGUGAUGAUGAUGAUGAUACUGGAAGUGGUUCAGGAAGCUUUAAUUUCAACUUUGAUAAUAAAAUGUCUUUUGAUUAUGAUGAGCAAGCUCAAAAAUCCCCCGUGAAAGAACCAACGACCUCUUCUUCUUCUAAUAACAAUACUACUAAACUUGUUGCACCAGUACUUGCUCCAGCAGCCAAAAAUAUUAGUUCUGAAGAACUGGACCCUAUUGCUGCUCCAAUAGAAAAUAAAAAUAAUGAAGGUCAAACUAUAAAAGAAAAUGAACCAGCGGAUAUGACAAUGGGCCCUCGUUUACCAAAUGUUUCAUCUGUACCAGAUAGUACAAAUAAUCCUACAGUACCCCCCAAUAAAGUUGGGAAAUCGGAAACAAAUAAUGAAUCUACUAGUACCAGGCAAUUAACGAAAUCAGAACAAUUAAGUCCUGAACCUGAAAGGGAGGUAAGUCCAAAGAAUGAUAAAGAAGUUACUAACGGGAAACUAAUCAAGGAAAAGGCAGCUACUCAAACUAAAAAGCAACCAAAGAAGAAUACUAAGCAAAAGGUCGAUAAAAUUUUUGAAGAAAAGACAUCUUCAAGAUCAAAACGUAACAAUAUAAAGAAAGAUUUAGAAAUUUUAAAUGACAUUUCACAUUCAACAAAACCAAAUAAAUAUAAAGAAGUGCCAAUAUGGGCACAAAAAUGGAAGCCAUCAAUUAAGGCCUUACAAAAUAUUAAUACUAAUGAUUUGAAAAAUAUUGAUACCUCGUUUUUAAAUAUUAUUCCCGAUGAUGAUUUGACAAAGUCAGUUCAAGAUUGGAUUUAUGCCACAAUAUAUUCUAUCCAAAGUGAUCUGCAAAAGUAUAUUGAAUUAGAAAUUAAAUUUGGUUUAAUUAAAGAUACCAAAAGUUCGGAUCGUGUCACACCUCCAAUUUCUUCUCAAGCUAUCUUUACAAAUCUAGAUUCUCACUUAAAACCAAAUAUAGAUGAAGUUUUGUUUAGAGAAUUGAAAAAAUUUAUUAAAAAUACCAGUGAAUUAAACGAGCAUGUUGGUAAGUUCAGCAUUAUUGAGUCCAACAAUCGUGAUUCAUUGUACAGAGUAGGUAUAUCUACACAAAGGCCAAGAUUUUUAAGAAUGAGUACAGAUAUGAAAACCGGGCGUAUAGGGCAAUUCAUUGAAAAGAGAAAUAUAUCAAGUUUAUUAAUAUUUUCACCUAAGGAUAGUUAUGAUAUGAAAAUAUCAAUAAAUCUCGAAAUUCCAGUACCAGAAAGUGAACCACCAGAGAAAUUUAAAGACCAAAGACCAAUUAGUGAAAGAAUCAAAGAUCGUAUUAGUUAUAUCCAUAAUGAUUCAUGUACAAGAAUUGAUAUUACAAAUGUUAAGAAUUUGCAUCAAGGUAUUCAUGGAAAGGAUACAGAAGAGACAUUUGAAGUUGAAUUGGAGAUUAAUACACCAGCACUAUUAGCUGCUUUUGAAAAUAUUUCUACCAACUCUAAUGAAUAUGCAUCUUUAAUUAGAACAUUUUUAAAUAAUGGUACAAUUAUUCGUAGGAAAUUAACUUCAUUAUCAUAUGAAAUUUUUGAAGGUCAAAAAAAAGUUAAUUGA